GCUAAAGACGGUGAAAGACGGAAAUUCAAUGGACUUGUAAGCGGCAAUUUUGAGCUCUUCAGAAAUUGUGAAAAAACUCACCUUUUUCGUCACUGUUAUCGCUUAGUUGGCCGUGAAAACAGUAGUGUGGGCGUGAGUGAAAGUGAUAAAAGUGCAAAAACGUGAAUUUUUGUGUGAUUUUGUGGGGAAAAUAGGUGAUUAAUUUUGAGUCAAUUUUUGCUGGGCAUCUCUCUCUCUUCCUUUUCCAUCGCAACAUCCCAGUGAGCCACACAUACGCGCACGCGAAUUACACACACGAAUUGGGGGUUCAAUGUCAUGAACGACGGCAUUGGGGGGCUGCGAUUGUGUUUAAGUAUGGCAAUAGUGCAGUAGUGUGUGCGCGAAUGUGGCGCUCUCCACCGUCAUGAAUUCCAAUCUUAGAAUAAUGUCGAAUACGGGAGUGUAAGUGCUGGCCUACAGACCUAAUUUUCACACACUUUUCAUUUUCAUUGGGUUUUUGGGGCAUUUUUCGGGAUCAAAUGCACCAAAUGGUGGGUUUGAAAGGGUACCCAGUGGACGUUUGACUUUGGGUGCCUCGUGAUAUUCACCUUCACUUUGCUGCGCGUGUUUUUUUUUAUUCGUAUUGUAAUUCCUUCCGCGAGAAGACAGAGAGAGAGAGAGAGAGAGUGAGAGAGAGGAAAGAGAUUCUGAGUGACGCAGGAAGUACUACCCCUGCCCACUGACACUAUCAAUCCCAGUGAGGGGGUGCUGAUUGUGUUGUGUAGAGAGAGAUUGUGGCCCAGGACCUUGGCACAGUGCUCUGGAUUCUGGGCGCGCUAGGACGCCUAGCGCGUGUGUAGGGGUAGGUGAUUCAGGUGCCAAAGUGAUUUGGAUGAGAGGUCUGUGUCAAGGGAAUCGAGACGGAAAAGAUGCCCGACGAGGACAGUCCUACGGGAAGUCAUGCAGCCACAUCCACAAGAAUUGCCACAAGUACCAGUAGCAAUUCAAGUGCUUCCGGGAAUGACUGUCUCCUCGAUAGUGGGGCUGUUUGUGACAAAAGUGGCGUGAUUGUGGAACUCCCACUCACCCAUGACCUAGAUGAGGGUCCAAUGGAUGAUUCGGGAUGUACAACACUAGUUCCUGAUCAGUCAUCCCAAUUGACAGACUCCUUGGACCUAGACAAGGCAGAUGUCAUUGCCUACGAAGAUGCCUCUGAAGCUGGAUAUUCCGAUGGAGGAGCCGGAGCUGGGGCAGCUGCAGGGACUGCUGGGGCUGCUGCAGGUGCGGGUGCACUUGGUGCAGCAACCCAGCAGAGCUACAUCUCCCUGCUGCCCGGCGUUGGCAGUGGCAUGGUUCCAUGCGAUCAAACCGAUCUUAAGGAUUUGAUCGAGGAACUGUGCCCCGUUUGUGGUGACAAAGUCUCCGGUUAUCACUAUGGCUUGCUAACGUGUGAGUCCUGCAAGGGUUUCUUCAAGAGAACCGUGCAGAACAAGAAAGUUUACACCUGUGUGGCCGAACGACAGUGUCACAUUGAUAAGACACAGAGGAAACGCUGCCCCUUCUGUCGCUUCCAAAAGUGUCUCGAGGUCGGAAUGAAACUAGAGGCUGUACGUGCGGAUCGAAUGCGUGGUGGUCGAAAUAAAUUUGGACCAAUGUACAAGAGGGAUCGUGCAAGAAAGCUACAAAUAUUACGACAGCGUCAACUAGCCCUGCAAGCACUGCGUGGUCAAAUGGGCGCCUCGGAUGGUUCACAAUCUCAAUUGUCUCCCACGGGUUACCAACAGCCCUAUACCAAUAUGCAUAUAAAGCAGGAGAUCCAAAUUCCACAGGUAUCAUCACUAACAUCCUCCCCGGACUCCUCGCCCAGUCCCAUUGCCAUUGCACUGGGGCAAGUGAAUACGGGUGGUACGACAGUGAUGUCAAUUGGAGGAAGUGUCGGUGGGGGCGGUGGCGGAGGAGGAGGAGGCGGGGGAGGUGGUGGCGGAGGAACAAAUACAAAUAACGGCCCAACAAAUCCAUCGACAACAGCAAUAGCUACAAUACAGAACACAAUGACGGAUUCGAAGCUGUGGUAUGCUAAUUCAACGACAGCGUCACCGCAUUCACUGAGUCCCAAAGCCUUCAGUUUCGACGCUAGCACUAAUCCCACAAGUACAGCCGAUUCCGGAAGUUUCGUAGAGACGCUCAGGGUAUCACCAAUGAUCCGAGAAUUUGUCCAAUCGGUCGAUGAUCGUGAAUGGCAGACACAGCUCUUUUCCCUCCUGCAGAGUCAGUCGUACAAUCAGUGUGAAGUGGAUCUAUUUGAAUUAAUGUGCAAAGUGCUGGAUCAGAAUUUAUUUUCUCAGGUGGAUUGGGCAAGAAACACCAUUUUCUUCAAAGAUCUCAAGGUGGAUGAUCAAAUGAAGUUGCUACAGCAUUCAUGGUCAGAUAUGCUUGUGUUGGAUCACUUACAUCAGAGGAUACACAAUGGUCUCCCGGAUGAGACAACACUCCACAAUGGUCAGAAAUUUGAUCUGUUGGGUCUUGGGCUGCUGGGCGUGCCUCAGUUGGCUGAUCACUUCAAUGAGCUGCAGAAUAAGCUUCAAGAGCUCAAAUUUGACGUUGGUGACUAUAUUUGCAUGAAGUUCCUACUUCUUCUCAAUCCAGAUUUUCCUCUUGCAGAGGUUCGUGGGAUCACCAACAGGAAGACCAUUCUCGAGGGCUAUGAAAAUGUUCAAGCUGCUCUUUUGGAUUACACGCUCACAUGUUAUCCAUCGGUUACGGAAAAGUUUAGCAAAUUGCUCAGUAUUAUCCCGGAAAUCCAUGCGAUGGCCGCGAGAGGUGAAGAGCAUCUCUAUAUGAAGCACUGUGCUGGAGGAGCUCCGACACAGACGCUCCUCAUGGAGAUGCUUCAUGCUAAAAGGAAGUAAAGCCAUCACCGUGGUGAUAAAGUACAAGAAAGAUGGUGAGAGAGUGUUAAGAAGGAGGUGAAUUGGAUUUAUUUUGGGGAGAGUAUCGUGGCCACACUCCUUUUUUUUCAAGUACAUAAAAAAAGGGGGAGCAAUUGCUGGACAAAGUCCUUUACAUUUAAAUUUAAAUCCAGAAGAAGAAAGCAGAAAAAAAACCACAUGGUGUGCAAAAAGUAUUAAGUUUAUUGACAUUUUAGCGUGGUUGAUGGAAUUUCCUUUCCCAAACUAUAUUAAAAAGUAAAAAAAAAAAGAAAAAAUCCAGAGAACGAAAUCGAAAUCACUUUCCAUCACAUUGUUUUCUAGAAAACACUCAUAUACAUUAUUUCUUUUUUAUUAUAAACUAUUUUUUCCAUUUCUAUUUGUAUAACCAGAAAUUUGGAAUUUUAUUUAAACAUUCUCACAGUUCUUAUUGACUGUCGUGGCAGCUGGAUUGAUUUUUUUUUUGUUUAAAAUAAAUUGUUCGAGUUUUAUCAUUCAAAAAA